AUGGAAGUAGUGGUAAUGAUAAAGUGGAUGAUGACAUUGUUGAUGGUUUUCCUCAUCAUUAGCCCCCACGAAAAGGUCGUAACGUCGCAGCCGCUUUCCGCGAAUUCGCGGUGGAUAGUGAACGACUCCGGCGAACGGGUGAAGCUGGCCUGCGUCAACUGGGUGGCGCACCUGGAAGUUGUGGUGGCGGAAGGGCUGAGCAAGCAGCCGGUGGACGUCAUCUCCCGGAACAUUCUGGAACUGGGAUUUAACUGCGUUAGGCUAACUUGGCCGCUUUUCUUGUUCACCGAUGAUUCUCUGGCUUCCGUCACCGUUAGGCAGUCGUUUCUGAAGCUUGGACUUACCGAGUCCAUCGCAGGGUUUCAAGCUAAUAAUCCUUCCAUUCUCGAUCUUAGCCUCUUCAAUGCUUACCAGGCAGUGGUAGCUAGUCUUGCAAAUCACAAUGUGAUGAUCAUCUUGGACAAUCACAUUAGCAAGCCAGGAUGGUGUUGUAGCAACGAUGAUGGCAAUGGCUUCUUUGGUGAUCAAUACUUCAAUCCUGACCUCUGGAUCAAAGGGCUCACCAAAGUAGCUACCACAUUCAAGGACAUCAACAAUGUGAUCGGAAUGAGUCUAAGGAAUGAACUUCGAGGUCCAAAACAAAACAUCAACGAUUGGUACAGGUACAUGCAAAAGGGAGCUGAAGCAGUGCAUGCAGCAAACCCAAAUGUUCUGAUCAUUCUUUCUGGGUUGAACUAUGACAAAGAUUUCUCAUUUCUCCGCCAAAAGCCCAUCAGUUUAACAUUCACUGGCAAGGUUGUUUUCGAGGUCCACUGGUACGGUUUCAGUGAUGGACAGGAUUGGAAAACGGGUAACCCAAACCAAGUUUGUGGACAAGUUAUGGGUAACAUGAUGCGAAGGGCAGGGUUCUUGCUGGACCAAGGGUACCCUAUCUUCGUGAGUGAAUUUGGAUUGGAUCUUAGAGGGACCAAUGUGAAUGACAAUAGGUACAUUGACUGCUUCAUGGGAUGGGCUGCUGAGUAUGAUGUUGAUUGGGCUUUUUGGACACUGGUUGGAAGUUACUAUUUGAGGCAAGGAGUUGUUGGGAUGAAUGAGUUCUAUGGGAUUUACAAUUGGAAUUGGUGUGAAGUCAGGAAUUCAAGCUUACUACAAAAAAUUUCUGUUCUUCAAGCUCCAUUCCAAGGACCAUUAGUCUCACAAUCUCGUCCACACAAAUUAAUCUUCCAUCCAUCAACCGGGCUUUGUGUACUGAGGAAAUCAUUUUUCAAACCACUGGAAUUAGGACCAUGUUCUGAAGCUGAGGCAUGGAGCUACACUCCUCAACAAGUACUUACAAUUAAAGGAACAUACUAUUGCUUGCAAGCAGAUGAACUUGGCCAACCAGCAACCCUUGGGUUGAUUUGCACCGACCCAAGUUCUAAAUGGGAGGCCAUUUCUGACUCAAAAAUGCACCUCUCUUCCAAGCUUCAAGAUGGGAAUCAAGUUUGCUUGGAUGUCGAUUCUAACAACGUUGUUGUCACCAGCAGUUGCAAAUGUUUGAGUAAAGACAACAAAUGCGAGCCUGGAAGCCAAUGGUUCAAAAUUAUUGACAGUAGCAGACCAACAACCUGUGCAGAAGAAAAAUCCACUUUGCAGAUUAAAAACUCUGUUAUCUUUAAUGUUGUGAAGAAGUUAGCCGAGAACUUAUGGAGUUGGUAG